GGGAACGCUACGCCCCGAAAUCAUGUCAAGAUAACCUCCCACUUUAAACACAGUGAAUGCAAUAAAUCCUAAAUAAACGUGCAUAAAUUAUAUUUUUACAUUUUAAAUUAAAAAUAACAUCGGGUCUCUGACAUCUGAAGUGUUAACCUGAAGCCAGCGAACUUCUAAAUUAUAAAUUGAUGCUCGUUUAAGAAGGAUAAUCGAUCUUACAGCCUUUAGGAGUAGAGUUGUAUAGCCACUGCAUCCCACCUAACAUCCAGAAAAACCAAGACUUAUAGAACAGAUUCUUGCACGGGCACACCAUGAGAACAAUCGCUCUUUUUUCAAGUGUUGAUAUUCAACUUCAACAGUAAGGCUUGACUUCAGAGUCAAGUUUACUGCGGCUGCCUCGAUGCCAAACAGCGUCAGACCCUCCUGCACACCACGAUCCAACUGUCAUUGCACGUCACCACCGGAUCGCCAGUCAAGCCAACCUUAUAACUGGCAACCAUCAUAGCGAGUAAAGAGAAGUGGAACGUCUGCCAAACUCCAGCAUAUAUAACAGCUGGCAAUGUCCUGCAUCGGGCAGUCGGCAACUCCGAGGACGAUGUUUAGGUGGGUGUGGGCGUGGGUGCUGACGAAGGCGGUGCUGGUGAUAACACAAUCUGAACCCAACAGCCAGCAUGACGGGUGUCCCAUGGUGCCGUCCCUGCUGCAGGCUGCAGGCUUCAGUCCCUCCUGUGUAGCCACCGCCCUCGCCACAUGCACCAGCCAGAACGAUAACCAUUUCUUACCCUUGAUACAGGUGAGCAAAACUCUACUAAAUGCAGAGGAGUGUCGGACUCCUUGAUGAACCCGUCCUCAUGCUAUCAUGCUCUGUGGCCGACCCUAGAGACACAUUCAACAAUAUUACCCAGUAAUACCUUUUUCUCCAAUAUAAAUUACAGAUAAUUUGAACAUCAUCAUAUGCAUCGAGAAGUGCCAACAAUCUUCUUCCGUUGGUGUUUGUGAGUUGAUCCCCUAAUUGUUUGUGUUUAGCAUUUAAAUCCCCAAUUAAGAUGGUAGGGUCAGUAUGUGCAAAAUUAGGUAGGUCUGUAUACUGGAAGAUGCCAAUAGGUGCAUAGGCAUUCAAAACACUCAUUCUAAUAUAAAUUAAUAUAUUUUACUUUAUUAUUUUGUGUAUUGUAAGACCUUAGAUAAGUAAGACCAGGGGACAUGGUGAUGCAGGAGCAGACGUUACGUUUUUGUGUUUCUGUGGGUAAUAAAGAACUGGAUAAUUUUCCAUAUGACAACUCUGUUCCCAGAUGCCUCUCAUGGUCGGAGGCAGCAACCAUACAUCUGUUACGUUAUCUCAAGUAAUCCUAGUGUAAAAAUACUCACGAACGCUUGCUCCACAUUGAGCUAAAUUUAAUGAAAAUAUUAAUGUAUUCAACAUGCAGCCUAAGAAUUAUUUUUUUAAUUCGUUCUCUUGCAUGUGUAUGGAGGUGCAGGAGACGAUGUCAGCUGUGAGGACAGCCUUACAAGACAGCACGACCAAUGAAAAACGACCGCGACACUGCCGAGACCUUCUGGCCGCCGGCGACACCGGGGCCGGCAUCCGGCAGGUGUACCCGUUCCUCAAGCACCCAGAUGCCUCAGUCACCGUUUACUGUGACCAAACAGUCGACGGCGGCGGCUGGACCGUAUUUCAGAGGCGCCGCAACCUUACUGAACGAGAAGAUUUCUACCGUACAUGGGUCGAGUAUCAGCUUGGAUUUGGUCAUCUGGAGGGCGAGUUCUGGCUGGGUCUCGACCUUCUCCACGAACUCACUUCUGUCACUCUUCAGGAACUGAGGAUUGACCUCAAGGAUUACGAGGGAGAACAACGAUGGGCAAAGUACGGACGCUUCAACAUAGGGUCUCCUGACACACAUUAUCGCAUCAGCGUCGGAAGGCAAGAUCAUUACGACAUUCCUUAA